AUGGGGCAUUUACUUUCACAUCCAAUUGAGGACAAGAACCUCGAUUACAAGGUGUACACUAAACUUUCAUAUUGUAUUGGCUCUAUGCAAGGAUAUCGUAUGAGUAUGGAGGAUGCGCAUGACGCCAAAAUCAAUGAGGAUGAAACCAUUGCCGUAUUUGGAGUAUUUGACGGGCAUGGAGGGCAGCAAUGUGCUGAGUACUUGUCACAUCAUUUGACCAAACAUAUUUUCAAGAAGCUCAUAAGUUAUCAAGACAGUACUCAUAAAGGAACCAGCAAGAGCAACAGCAGCAGCAAGAGCAACAACGGCAAUAGACAAAUUUUCAAGAUUUUAAAAGAUGCAUUUUUCAAAAUGGAUAACGAUUUAUCCAAUUCGCAAAGUUACAUCAAUUGUGGAUCGACAAGUGUAGUAACGGCAAUAAUCAAUAAUAAGAUAUUUGUCGCCAAUACCGGAGAUUCAAGGUGCAUAUUAUCAACCAAUGAAGGGAAUGCCAAGACGUUAACAUUUGAUCAUAAACCCAGUGUGAUUGGAGAAAGAGUUCGAAUUGAGAAUAGCAAUGGAUACGUUAUAAAUAAUAGAGUGAAUGAAGUAUUGGCAUUGAGUCGAGCAGUGGGCGAUUUCAAAUUUAAAACACCCUAUCUUACAUCCACCUUGAACAAGUAUAUUCUUGAUAAUAUAACCGCAAAGUAUAGAAAGGGGAAACAAGAUCAAAAGCAAAAGCAAAAGCAAAAAGAGCUGAGUCUGAGUCUGAAACUGCAACUGCAACUGCAACUGCAACUGCAUCCGAAUCUGCAUUUGCAUCUGCAGCAAGUACCUGAUCAUGAGUAUAUUCAUAUCCCACCAGAACUAUUUCAAGUGACAGUAGAACCAGAAAUUCUCAUAUUUGAUAUGAAUCAGCUACCAACCGCCGAAUUUAUCGUCAUUGCCUGUGAUGGAAUAUGGGAUUGUUUUAAAAACGACCAAUUGAUUAAACUAAUUCGCGAUAAAUUGGUGCUUGGUUGGAAAUUAAACAAAAUUGUCGAAUAUAUUCUUAAUGACAGUUUAACUAUGGCCAAUAACUAUACUGGCGUUGGGUUGGAUAACAUGACGUUGAUUUUAGUGGCUUUACAUCCUGAUAGAAGCUUAGAUGAUUGGUAUAGUGAUAUGAUUUUCAAGAUUGAAAAAGAGAAAGGUCUACAUUAG